CGCUGACAGGGGGCGCUGUAGCCCUCGUUAACUUGACGUUCGACUUUAAUUAUUUCCCCGAAGAAGAAGAACACGUGUUUCCUGUGUUUCCCUUCGUCCUACAUGGGAACGAGUUCUUUCUGUAAAUAACUAGUUUUCAGCAAGCGAAACGUGUAAAAAUGGUUCGUAAAUUAAAGCACCAUGAACAGAAAUUGUUGAAGAAGGUGGACUUCAUUAACUGGGAGGUGGACAACAACCUACACGAGGUCAAAGUGCUGCGGAAAUAUCGCAUCGAAAAGAGAGAAGACUACACCAAGUACAACAAGCUGAGUCGUAACAUCAGAGACCUCGCCCAGAAGAUCAGAGACCUGGAUGAGAAAGACGGCUUCAGAGCUCAGAGCACACAUCAACUUGUGGAGAAACUGUACAGUAUCGGUCUGAUACCCACCAAACAGAAUCUGGCCCUCACAGAGAAAGUAACAGCUUCUUCAUUCUGCAGGAGGCGGCUGCCCACCAUCAUGUUGAGCCUCCGUAUGGCUCAGAACCUGAAGACGGCCAUCACCUUUAUUGAACAAGGACAUGUGCGUGUUGGCCCAGAAGUCGUCACAGACCCAGCAUUUCUCGUCACAAGAAAUAUGGAAGAUUUUGUCACUUGGGUGGACUCCUCCAAGAUCAAGCAGCACGUCAUGAAUUAUAAUGACGAGAGGGACGACUUUGAUCUGUUCGCAUAAGCCACUUGUCCACUAUCCAUCCACUACCCUGGAGGCCAGGAAAGGGACAAGAACUCUGCUCACGUAACAACCCAGGAGUCCAAAGUUUAAAUAUCCUAUAAACUUGGACAUUGUGGGAAGAAAAUCAGCGCUGUCACCUCCUCAACAUCUCUCUUUUGAGGUCAAAAUUUGCAACUCAAAUCUGCUCUAUUGACGGUUGGCUGUCUAGUGGUAUCUGGAUUCAUGUGAGACUGUCAGUAGCGGUGUUUUCCAUUCAAAUGUUUGCUUGAGAACUGAAGGGAAACAUGACUACCACCUGCUCCUCCAACAGCAGCACGAGAGCACAGAGCCUCGGUUGUUUCCUCCUCCUGUGUCAUCGCCCCGUGGAGGUGACUGCGUCUUCUCCUGUAGCUCAAUGUUGUUCGCUCUGCAUAAUGUGUUCUUUGUGUGAACAUGAAGGUGUGCACUCUAUGUAUGUAUGUGACUGUGGAAAUACUGGUUUGUAAGUGUGUAAAUACCGUGAAGAGUAAAUUAAUAUCAAAGGGAUAGUUUAGUGUAUUACUACAGUAAUACAGCAUGCCCCCAGUUCAGUUUUAUCCACCUGUGCUCUCUUUAAAGCCACCAGACUCCACUGACAAAAACAUUCAUUUUACCAAACCGAACACAGGAGAUGCUGGUCUGCUGCUGCCUCGUUCGAUUAGUUUGUUUGUGUUAUUGUAUAACUGCGGUGAAUCUGAACUAAAAACACCAAAUUCACACAAUCAAAACCUCAUAAAACCCCAUUCUCACUUGUUAAACUAUCCCUUUGACAUCAUUUGUGUCAUUAAUGCAUCUGAAAAAUAAAGAAAUUAGAAACUGCAAUUUGAUAAAUAUUUAACAUUUUCAACACGACUUUGUAACAAUGUAAACUUUGAACAAUAAACAUUCUUUUAUUACA